CAAAGACAAAAGGUCGCAAAAUCAAAUCUUUAAGCAAAAGCAAAACUUCAUCUUCGCUUCUGGUAUCUUUGUUCAAUCCUAGAUCAUCUGUUUCUGUCAAUCAAGUCCUGGUGGAGUACCUUUAUAUCUGAUUACCCACUCAGCUUCAUCUAGCCAGCGUCUUUCCGCAUUCAUUCUAACUAUGUGGAGGCUCAAGCCAUUUAUGCAAAAAGAUCCUGCAGGGCUCGAGGGCAAAACCCUUGAUGUCGGCAAUCUUAAAAUUCAUGUUCGCAAUGCGAUUGCCGAGGGUGGCUUCUCUUGUGUCUACUUAGCCAAGGAUGCUCUACAUGUUUCUAAGCAGUAUGCCUUGAAGCACAUCAUAUGCAAUGAUCACGAGUCAAUGGAGUUGGUCGUCAAGGAGAUCUCUGUCAUGAAAUCGCUUAAAGGACACCCAAAUGUGGUUACACUUUAUGCCCAUACGAUCUUGGAUAUGGGAAGGACCAAGGAAGCCCUUCUUGUCAUGGAUUACUGUGACAAAUCUCUUGUUAGUGUCUUAGAGGCUAGAGGAGCUGCCUAUUUUGAGAAGAAACAGAUUCUUACCAUUUACUUGGAUAUCUGUAAUGCGGUCUUUGCAAUGCAUUGCCAGUCCCCACCGGUUGCUCACAGGGACUUGAAAGCUGAGAACAUUCUGUUGGGUUCUGAUGGAUCGUGGAAGUUGUGUGAUUUUGGGAGUACAUCAACCAAUCACAAGCUUUUUGAGAGACCUGAAGAAAUGGGUAUAGAAGAAGACAAUAUCCGGAAGCACACCACACCUGCCUAUAGAGCCCCUGAGAUGUGGGAUCUGUUCCGGAGAGAACUUAUCAAUGAAAAGGUGGAUAUAUGGGCUCUUGGGUGUCUUCUCUUUCGAAUUUGCUACUUCAAGAAUGCAUUUGAUGGUGAAUCAAAGUUGCAAAUCUUAAAUGGGAACUAUCGGAUUCCAGAUUUACCAAAGUACAGCUCUUCAAUUACUAACCUAAUUAAAGACAUGCUUCAAGCAUCACCUGCUGACAGGCCUGACAUCACACAGGUCUGGUUUCGUGUUAAUGAGCAGUUGCCUGCUGCUCAACAGAAGUCUCUACCUGAUCGGCCACCUGAAAUGCCAUCUACUGAAGCAGGUGUUCCAAGGUCUACAAAUAGGUCACCUCUGAUUCCUUCUAGAAGCCCUCCACCCCCGCCUCAUGGUGAACCAGCUAAAAAUACACAACAGCCUGGCUCAAGGCCAAGCGGCGGACAGCUUGGUGCUUUCUGGUCUACUCAGCAUGCAAAGGACGCAGAUAUUGCUGAAGAGAAGCCAAGACCCAAAUAUGACGAUGAGCCAACCAACUAUGGUUCAGUAAAACAUAACAGGAGUCCUAUAAGAGGGGAAACUGUACAAACUCAUUCUACUUCAAGUACGCCUGAUAAAUCACACAAGCUCGAAGCUGGACCUUCUAAAGAUAUUGAAAUUAAUUUUUUUGAGGACAAGAAUACCACCACUGCUUUUCAGGACAAGGCAUUCAACACCUUUGUUGCUGAAUUUGAUAGCAAUAAGAUCAAUCCUGGAAUCGCUAAUAAAAGAAUUGGAACAGAAAAAGCAUUGGAGGACGAAAUAGGGAAGCUUAAAGAACAGCUAACACAAACCAACAUGGAGAAGGCUGAGAUGACCUCCAAAUUUGAAAAGUUAUCUGCAAUUUGUCGAUCUCAGAGGCAGGAAAUACAGGAGCUCAAGCAAGGUCUAGCUGCUAGAACUCCAUCUCCUAAUAAAAGUACUUCAAGAUAUCAUAACUCACCUGGAAGUCUGCAGGCAGAGAAGACUGAAGGAACAUUCCAACAAGAAAAUGUUGCUAAUUGGACUACCGUUAGCCCCGAAGUAAAUCCGUGGCAAGCUUUUCCAGAGGAUGCCAAACCACAGCAACAGCCUCGUUCAAAGGCCAAUGUACAGUCAGUCAGAACCAGAAAUGGUCACUCAAACAAGCAUGCUGCUCAAGCAACUUCUGGUUCGGAAACAUGGGGUUUUGGUACAGAUAACUUUACGGCUGCCCCUGCUGCCAGCUCCCAGAGAUUGAAAGCACCUGUAAGUGAAGGAAGUAGUUCCCAACGUUCGGGUGAAUCAAAGAUAAAGGAGAACCAUACAGUUUCCCAACCUGCUGGUUGGGCUGGUUUCUGAUUUACUCAAAAUGUGAAGUUAAAUAUCUAUGAGCGAAUUGUAUGUCCUCACGUUCACAUCGACAAAUUUUAAUACUUGAGGUUGGGAAAUAUGAGAGGAAAGAAGAGAUAGUAAUAAUUAUGCGACUGGCCAGGCUUGUUUCCUGCUAUUGAUUGCUUGUCUGUGUGCAGUAGGACAAUUUGCACAUUUCUCUGGGCUAAGCAGCAAAUACAAAAAUGUAUACCAUGAA